AGAAUCUCCUAGAAACGUCACUGCGUUAUUCCAUUACCCUCCAGAAACUUCUCAUUCUUCUUUCAUCCCUCUCGUAUAUAUACCCAGUCAUCUAUCCCAACAAUGCAAGUUGUUCUGAGCAGAAGCAGCAGUACAAAAUAAGCAAAGGCACCAAGGAACAGCAGAUUAGUCUUUAUACAAGAAACGAUGGAUUUCAGGUUCCUGGGAUUUGACGCUCCCAUCUUACACGCCGUCCACGACAUGCUCGAUGCCACCGGCGAAGAAUCCGACAAGUCAAUGACUGGGCCAACCAGAACCUACGUCCGAGACGCCAAGGCCAUGGCGGCGACUCCGGCUGACGUGAAAGAGUACCCAAAUUCUUACGUCUUCUUGGUCGACAUGCCGGGGUUGAAAUCAGGCGACAUUAAAGUGCAAAUUGAGGAUGGAAAUGUGCUUGUGAUAAGUGGGGAGAGAAAAAGGGAGGAGGAAAAAGAGGGCGCCAAGUAUGUGAGAAUGGAGAGGCGAGUAGGAAAAUUGAUGAGGAAAUUUGUGCUGCCGGAAAAUGCUAAUGUAGAUUCCAUUAAAGCCGUUUGUCAAGAUGGGGUUUUGAGUGUGACUGUAGAGAAAUUGCCGCCUCCUGAACCCAAGAAUCCCAAGACUAUUGAGGUUAAAGUUGCUUGAAAGUUGAAAUUAAGCUGGGUCUUCUAUUUUUAAUUAUGAGUGCUACUAGUAGUUGUCCAAGUUUGGGAUUGUAAUAAUGUGGAUUGUGGUCUAUGUACGGUAUUUGAAUUCUAAGCGGAAGUAAUGAGAUUUUAUGUUUGUUUUGCCCGGUAGUGUUAUCUGAAUUCUAAGCCCGAGUAAUGAGAUUUUAUGGAGUUAAUUGUUUCAA